AAAAUUCAGCGGGUCGUCUGACUUCUUGGUAAUAAUGUCGGGCAAUGUUGGGAUGGAACAGCUUAUCCCGUUGGUUAACCGGCUGCAAGAUGCAUUUUCCUCAUUAGGAGUCCCACUUAAUUUGGAUCUGCCUCAAAUCGCUGUAGUCGGAAGCCAAAGCGCGGGAAAAAGCAGUGUUUUGGAAAAUUUCGUCGGUCGAGACUUUCUCCCUCGUGGAAGUGGUAUCGUCACGCGCCGACCUUUGGUCUUGCAACUAAUCAAUUCACGCAACGAAUAUGCUGAAUUCCUGCACUGUAAAAACAAGCAGUUUACAGACUUUGAUGAGGUUCGCAAGGAAAUAGAAGCGGAGACGGAUAGGCUAACUGGAAGUAACAAAGGAAUUUCCAAUACUCCGAUUAACCUUCGUGUUUACUCUCCCAAUGUUCUCAACUUAACUCUGAUUGACUUACCUGGAAUGACUAAAGUUCCUGUCGGUGAUCAACCUCUAGAUAUUGAAGUUCAAAUUAGAUCAAUGAUUUUGGAAUUUAUUACACAGGAAAAUUGUUUAAUUUUGGCCGUUUCUCCCGCGAAUUCCGAUUUAGCUAAUUCAGAUGCAUUAAAGUUGUCCAAAGAAGUAGACCCUCAAGGUUUGCGAACAAUAGGAGUAGUAACAAAGUUGGAUUUAAUGGAUCAGGGUACGGAUGCUCGAGAAAUCCUGGAAAACCGUCUUCUGCCACUUAGAAGAGGCUAUAUCGGUGUGGUUAAUCGUAGUCAGCGGGAUAUUGAAGGUCGUAAAGAUAUUAAAGCAGCUUUAGCAGCUGAAAGAAAAUUCUUUCUAAGUCAUCCAUCUUAUCGUCAUAUGGCUGAUCGAAUGGGAACACCAUUUUUACAAUCUACAUUAAAUCAACAACUAACUAAUCAUAUUCGAGAUACUUUACCUGGUCUAAGAAAUAAACUCCAAUCACAAAUGUUAGCUAUGGAAAAAGAAGUUGAAGAAUAUAAACAUUACAAACCUAGUGAUCCAUCUUUUAAAACUAAAGCUUUGCUCCUAACAGUACAAAGUUUUGAAAAAGAUUUUCAUCAUGCAAUUGAUGGAGGAGGUUCUGAAAUAGAUACAAAAACACUAUCUGGUGGCGCAUUAAUUAAUCGUAUAUUCCAUGAGCGUCUACCAUAUGAAAUGAACAAGAUCGAAACUGAUGAAGAAGAAUUGCGGAAAGAAAUAAGUUACGCCAUUCGUAAUAUACAUGGUAUUAGAACUGGAUUAUUCACGCCUGAUUUAGCUUUCGAAACUAUAACUCGUAAACAAAUUGAUAAGAUGAAAAUACCGUCAUUGAAAUGUGCUGAUUUGGUUGUGGCUCAAUUGACUGAAAUUGUACACGCAUGUACUGCACGUAUGGAGAACUUUCCACGUUUAAGGGAAGAAACAGAGCGUAUUGUAAAUCAAUGGAUUCGUGAAAGAGAAAUUCGUGCCCGAGAUCAAAUUGUACUGUUAGUUGACAUACAAUUAUCCUAUAUGAAUACCAAUCAUGAAGAUUUUAUUGGUUUUGAAAGUGCAGAACAACAGUCGUCAGAAGUAGCAAAAAAUAAACCUGGAAAUAAGGUAAUUCGUAAAGGUUGGUUAUCUUUGCAAAACGUUACCUUGCUUCGUGGAGGUAACAAAGAUUUUUGGUUUGUAUUAAAUACUGAAUCAUUGACCUGGUACAAAGAUGAUGAAGAGAAAGAAAAGCGUUAUGUCCUAUUAUUGGAUGGUUUAAAAAUACGCGAUAUUGAAACGGGAUUUUUCGGUAAAAAGCAUGCUUUUGCACUAUUUUAUCCGGAUAAUCAUAAUGUCUACAAAGACUAUAAACAAUUGGAAUUAUGUGCUGAAUCAGCUGAAUUAGUUGAUUCGUGGAAGGCAUCAUUUUUGCGUGCUGGUGUUUAUCCAGCUAAAACUAAAUCGGAAAAAACGGAGCAAUCUGACAAUUCAUCACUUGAAUCCAGUGAGCCUCAGCUUGAACGUCAAGUAGAAAUUAUACGAAAUUUAGUCGAUUCAUACAUGAAAAUUGUGAUUAAAACGCAGUUAGAUUUGGUACCGAAAUUGUUAAUGCAUAUGCUUGUUAAUGAGAUUAAAUCCUUUUUAAAAGGUGAACUAUUACCAAAUUUAUAUCAGGCUGGUGACUUGAAUUCAUUAAUGUCCGAAUCAUUGGGGGUUCAACAAAAACGCGAUGAAAUGGUCCGCGUUUAUGAUGCUAUGAAAGAAGCGUUGAAUAUUAUAAGUGAAGUGUCUAUGUCCACUGUAUCAACACCAAUUCCACCGCCAGUCAACGAUGACUGGUUACAGAGUGAUAUUCCAGGCGGUUUAACUGCUCCUGGAUCUACAGGUACACUUCCUCCUCCUAGUCCAACAGCCAAUCGUCGUCCACCAGCACCACCUCCUCCUGGUGGAUGGAAUUCUACAAGUAAUACGGGUUCAAUCAAAGGCUCUGGUCCCAGACAAGUACCAUCAGUUCCUGCUAAAACAAGUUCUGGACAACUACCUUCUCCAUUAAUUCCUCAGUAAGUUUUUGUUGUCGUUAUUAUUAAAAUAAUAUUUUCAAAUUAUUGUUGUUUCAAAGUAGUGAACCCUUAAAUCAUGCCCUUUUUAGACAUAGUUAUUAGCAUACGAAGAAACAUAGUUCGAUUGACCUUUAAGAGUAGAAUAUAUUCGUAAACCACUAGUAUUUGACUACAGAUGUCUUAGAAAUAUUCCUGGUAUCUAUUGGGAUCACUGGGUAAGUAAUAGUGAGGUUAGACGGGGAGGGUAUUAGGGAAUGAUGGUAAAUCAGUUGAUGAGGUUAUGAAUCUUCAUCGACUGAGAUGGUUGGGCCACGUGUCGCGUAUGCCUGAACACCGAUUACCACGACGUGCAAUGCUAACAGGUAUUAGGGAUAACUGGAAGUUAGGGGCGGCCAAAUCAAAACGUGUCAUCAGUGCUUGAGGUCACUAACAUCUGGUCUGAGCCAUGUUGGUAGAUGUAGACUACUUGGUUGAGGUCCGCGUGACUAUCGUAACCAAUGGUUGGAGACUCUGUGACAUGGCUCGGAAUCGAUCACAAUGGCGUCGGUGUAUACACUCUCUGUCUUCCCUUAAACUAAGAGAUUAAAAUCGUUUCAUAUUUUUCUUUCUACGAACUAAUUCUUUCUUCCUGUACUAUCUCCUUAUAUGCAACCUUUCUUUUAUAUAUUACCACCACUGAAUUAACUACUUCUAUGAAUCCGGUGUUCAUCUUGUUGUGCUAAUGCGGUAUGGCAACUUGGACCGAUGCAUAUAUGUGCCUGGUUGUAUGUUGCAGCUGACUGAGUUCCAUUGAUGAUGAAAAAAAAACACAGAACUUCCUAAUAAUAGAUUGUUAUCACGCCUACAAACGGAGAUUUGAAUAAGUAAAAAAAUGACAAUUGGUGUGGAAGUGUUCAGAAAUCGUUAAGUGAUUUUUCUAUUAUAUUACCAAAGAAUAAUUUAUCUUCAACUUAUAAAAUCAUGCUGUUAUGGACCCACCUUGCAAGUUUUUAAUUCCUUCACAUAAUUUAGACUGCAAGUCGGUAAUAUUGUUGAACUAUAAUCGAUGUUAAGAAUUGAUCGAUACUGACUUUUUCUUCCUCAACUUAUCGGGAUAUACAUUUCUGAACGGUACAUCGUUUUCUAAAGCUGAAACUUUUACUAUUAUUCAGCUUUUAUCAGAAAAGCGUCCAUAUACUUUGAUAUAAAAAUGAUUGGAUUGUCUCUACUCAACAUUGUGAGCAAAUUGAUUAUCUAAAGAACGAGUAGCGUCAAGAACCUAAGAAGCCAACAUUUUUAUGGCAAUAUUGGUCAAUAGAUUAGAAUUGAUUGUGCAAGUUUCAUAUUAUGUAUGUGCAUUAAUAAUACACUUAUCUGGUCAAAUAUGUGUCUGUGUAGAAGGCUAGCAGUGAAAUGUUAUUUUAUAGGAGCUGUACGCAUACUGCUAAAGUAUACAAAUUUUAUGUUAAUAGUGUUGAACUCUACGCUCAUGACUUUAAUUGUGAAUGCUGAAACUAACUUUUAUGAUAUAGACACAUUUAUAGGGAUAUAUAUAAUUGGACAAAUUAUAUAUAUGGGAGAUAUUUCUAUAGCGUUUACAAGUUUCACAGACUACUUUCAAUAACAGUCGUAUGUAAUUCUAACAACUUGAGUUAAAACUUUCAAAGCCACAAAGUCAAAAUGUACCUUAAAAUUUGUGGGAGUUAAAAAGUAGAUAAAGCAAUGUAUAUUUAUGAUUCACUGUACUAUAUUAUAAGCUUCCAAACAACUGUUUGAUUAUAUUAUUAUUUGUUUUCAUUGAUUAUAAUUAUCUACUAACAGUUGUCUGUAAAUUCAGUCAAUAAAUAUGUGUGAUACUACUUUUGUUUUCUGUUGGGUACUGGUUUAUUUUGUACUUGGAGGGGGGAAUACUUCAUAUUAAUACAUUAUUCCUGUUGUAAACAUGAUAAACUGCACUGUUUUCUUAAAUUAUUUGUCUUUUUGUUGUUUCAUGUGUUGUGCAUUAUAUAUGUUGUCACUUAUUUCUGUUUUAUUCAUUUUGUACAUCUAUUUUCAUCGAUGCACAUUUCCUACGAUUACUACUACCAUCACAAUCGUAAAUCUCAUGUUUUACAUGUAUACGUGCACGUUCUAUACAUGUGUAUGUAUAUGUAGACGGUUAUAUCCAGCUGACAUGUUUACGAUCGUGAAAGAUUCCAAUUCUCCUGGAUUAAUUAAUUCUAUGACAAGUUUUCCAUUAGUACCUCCAUCCAUUCCUGCGCGUCGUUGAUAAAUUACAUCACUCAAACAAUGUUAUCAGAAUCAAUUAAUGCAAUUAUUUAUUCUCAAAAUCGAUAUUACAUUUUCUUCUAGUAAUAAUAUUAUAUUGUGAAAAACAAUUCCAGUUGAUGACAAGUUAAACAAUUAUACAUUUCAAUGUGCUACAUCAGUUAACUUACAUUCAAACCUCCAUGCACGUGCACACACGCACAAACUCAUAUAUAGACAUAUAAUUUAUGAAGCUUGGUUAACAACCAAGCUGUUUUGAUGCAUAAUAACAAAUAUUGUUGUAUACUUCAUAAAUUAUUCUUAUUGUUGUAAUCAAUAUCAUUCAAUAUUAUCAUCUUCAUCAACAUAUUCCUUACCGUCUUCAACUUUGUCCGUUAAACCCACAUAUUUACACAGUAGUGUACGGUUACUAUUGAUCUUUUAUUUAAAAUUCUGUUUGUAAUUAUAAUUACAGUUGUUAUUUCUUUAUCACCAUUAUCAUUAUCUAAAACCAUACUACAUUUAUUAUCAAUUCAUGGUAAUGUUGAUGAUAAGUAUAAUAUUACUUAUAAUUGGUUUGAAAAAUAUUAUUAUUCAUUCCUUGUUCUUUGUGUUCUUAUUCAUUCGUUCAUAAAUUGAAAUAUGUUAUAAUGGAGG